AUGCAUGUCGACAACACCGCCAAGAGGCAAUCCCCAAGUGGUCAGCAUCUCGCGGAACAGCAGAACACGAGUAUGACCGAAUUCGCCUCCGAGACAACCUCUCGUAGAGCUGAAGCUCGCGAGACAAACAAGAAAAAGGAAGAGGAAGAAGAGGAUCUCCCACACAACUCGAAGGCAGAAGAGACACUGGAGAGCACUACAGCGCAGUCAGACGUAAUCAAAUCUUCGAGAGAUGCCGAGGAGAGGACACAGAACAUUGGAACGAUCCGCACAGUCGUGGGUUGCGGAGAAGAAGAGGCCGCUCGCUGGCUACAACAGGGGGGAACUUUGCCACAGGCCAUACUUCUAGCACUUGAUCCCGCUCGGGCCGUACAGGCCGCGAGUGCGAAUCAGUCCGAGUCGUGUGGAGUGCCAGAGCCCAAGGCUCCCACUCUGUUAGAGGAAGCACUGGCAGCCUAUCGCACGAAGCCCCUGCAGAAAGGUGGGGAUACCUUCGUGAUCCUCGACGGGACGGACUUAGCACGAAGCUGCCGUCUCAGCUCGGAGAACAUCAUUGAAGCAGUCCCUGUGCUGGAACGCCAGCUCAUUCACCCUCCAUCUAGCGGACUCGGGGUCGAUGUCGACGGAAUCAAGCAUCUGCUUGUCCUCAAGAAGGCGGUCAAUGGCAUGCCGCUGCUUUCUCGGCUGAGCUUGAACACGAUGAGGGAAGACUGCGAAGAUGUUCUCCAUAAGAAAGCUUCCGGGGAAGGCGCUGGAGCGCAGAUUGAAGCUACAGAGACUGGCAUCAAGUCUGAGAAGCUUACCCAGGUCAAGCACGAGCUGCUCGCAGACAUGCAUGACAGCGCAGCACCGGAUGCCAAGUCUGCCCCAGCUCGUAGCGCGCCUGUCGAUUGGAUUGCCGGCUACGAGUCAUUUCUACGAAUCAUAUCCCACGUCAGACCGCAGUACUAUGGUAUUUCCCAGAGCAAUAUCGACACAGCUCUUGCGCAGAUCGAAGGCGUGGCCAAGAUUGCCCAUUCGUACAAGGCCGCUGGUCCAGGCUCUGUUGUCGAGGAGAGCAUAGAAAGCCUUUUGCUGAAGGAGUUCAGCUUCAACCGGGUAAACCACCUCUGGAACUCGAUCGCAAAGGAUGCCGCCCGCUGGCUCGUGGUUGCCGUUCAUCUGGAAUGCUCGCUUCUUUACAAAGAGGCAUUUAUUCAUGUCGCUGGAUGCUACCCUAAUUGGCCGUGGAACGUCAGCAGAGUGGACAUGGAGAAACAAGUUCCCACUUCCGUCACCUCGGCGAUUGCUACAAAGUCUCAGGUACUGGCCUUUUUACGCGCGGGUAUUGAGAGAGAGCUUUUCUGUUCUUCCAUCACAUUUGCCAUCGACGAAGAUGAGGCAGUCAGAGCCCGCGUCGGACCAGACAAUGGCCCGAGAGUCUGGAUGGCCGUCAGCUGCUUCCGCGAGUGGCUGGCUGCACAUCUGUGGGCUUUGGAUGGUGGGAUACCGUCCUCUCAGGCGAUUUGCUCUCACGACAAAGGUAAGUCACUCGCCACCCGCACGGAGGAGACACUUGCUAACUUUUUGGUUUCCUUUAUGACAGGUUGUCGUUCCACUUCCGGCAUCUGUCGCCUCCUCGCCAGGGGCGGCGACUCCUAUUUGCCGCUGAAUUCUCUCCUCGAUAAAUGGGACUAUGAAGCCGUUCCGAAGGGGGCGGAUUUCGAGGAACUUAUCGACAAGUCCCUAAUACGUAUCAAGAAGUUUGCGGCAAAGGCUGUCCAGCCACUCGUGAAGAACUCCUUGCGUGGGAAGAAACGCGACCUGGAGUACCUCACGUGCAUCGAAGUUUCGGCCGAGGAUAUUCCGUGGGAGAAGGAAUGA